GGACAAUGAAUAAGUUUCUAGACUUUCAUCUGAUGCAUCGUCUCAGAAAAAGACACAUGCAUACAGCGAAGGAAAAGUAGGCCACAAAGUAGUCCAUGCUCCCUUAAAUGACCAAAUACGGCUAUACCCAUGCCAUGAGUUGGAUGAUUCUGCCUUGCUGUUUACGCCCGGCCCUGUUUUUCUUUUCAAUCUGGGUUAUAGAUGGUGGUUUGCUUUACUCUUCUCCAUAUAUAUAAAUAUAGAAGCUUUACAUGAGUCUUAGCUAGCUGUUGAUGAUGACGACGACGAAUAUUGACAAAUUUGUGAUUGUGGAUGAGAAAUUCUGCUAUCCUGAAGAGACCCAUCUCACCGCCCGCAAGACCUCCGUUUUUUUCCCCGGCGACGGCUUCGUCGUCUACGACCCACAUGGCGAGUUUCUGUUCCGGCACGAUUCAUACGGCCCCGAUUCCAGACCCAAAGAUGAGCUUGUUCUCAUGGAUCGCUCCGGUAAAUGCCUCCUCACCCUUCUUCGAAAGAAGCCGAGUCUUCACCAAAGGUGGGAAGGAUACAGAGGAGAGAAAGCAGAGCAUCAAGAUCCAAUUUUUAGAGUUUCCAGGUCAUCCAUAAUCGGACGGUCAAGAUUGGUGGUAGAGGUUCACGGUGAUGCUGAUAAGGAGUACCAAAUUGAAGGCUCUUUUCCACAUCGAUGCUGUACAAUUUACAAGUUUUAUGCUGAGAACACGUCAAGGGAACCUGUGGCUGAGAUCAAAAGAAAAGUAGACCCCUCAACUGGUGUGAUGCUUGGGAAGGAUGUUUUCUUGUUGUGUCUCAAGCCUGGGGUUGAUAGUGCUUUUGUAAUGGGAUUGGUGCUUAUUCUUGAUCAAAUGUAUGGUGAUGAUGAUGUGGAGCAUGUGGGACCUACCUUUGAGGAUUCAUCAACCUAAUAAUCUUAGGUGUUUUUUUUAAUGUCAAAUUUGGUCCAGCUUGGCAGUGUUUCUUUA